AUGAGUGAAGGGGCGAGCGGUGCCUCCCCACCUGGUGCCGCUUCUGCCGCCGCUGCCACAGCGGCCGCCGCCGCUGCCGCCGCCGAGGAAGGGGCAGCAGCGGCGGCGGGCGGGGGCCCGGACGGGGAAGGGGCGGCCGAGCCCCCCCGGGAGUUACGCUGUAGCAACUGCAUUGUAUGGAACCGGCAGCAGACUUGGCUUUGCGUGGUGCCCCUGUUCAUCGGCUUCAUCGGCCUGGGGCUCAGCCUCAUGCUCCUUAAAUGGAUCGUGGUGGGUUCCGUCAAGGAGUACGUGCCCACCGACUUGGUGGACUCCAAGGGGAUCGGCCAGGACCCCUUUUUCCUCUCCAAGCCCAGCUCAUUCCCCAAGGGCAUGGAGACCACCACGACCACGACCACCACAUCCACCUCCACCUCUACCCCGUCCUCCAGCACAGCCUCCUCCAGGACGCCCAACCGGAUUAGCACUCGUCUGACCACCAUCACGCGGGCGCCCACUCGCUUCCCUGGGCACCGGGUGCCCAUCCGGGCCAGCCCCCGCUCCACAACGGUGCGGCACACCGCAGCCCCCCCGACAGUACUCUCCACCACGGUCCCCUUCUUCAGCAGCAGCACGCAGGGUUCCCGCCCACCCCUGCCAGGGGCCCCCAGUACCCAGCCAAUGCCCUCUUGGCCCACUGCGGCAUACGCUACCUCCUCCUACCUCCACGACUCAACUCCCUCCUGGACCCUGUCUCCCUUUCAGGAUUCUUCCUCUUCCUCCUCCUCCUCCUCUUCCUCUUCCUCCUCCUCCACCACCAUCACACCAGAACCUAGCACCAGCCCCAAAUUUCAUACGACUACAUAUUCCACUGAACGAUCGGAGCACUUUAAGCCGUGCAAAGACAAGGAUCUUGCAUAUUGUCUGAAUGAAGGAGAAUGCUUUGUGAUUGAAACCUUGACGGGGUCACAUAAACACUGCCGGUGCAAAGAAGGCUACCAAGGAGUCCGCUGUGAUCAGUUUUUGCCGAAAACCGAUUCCAUCUUGUCGGAUCCAACAGACCACUUGGGGAUUGAAUUCAUGGAGAGUGAAGAAGUUUACCAAAGGCAGGUGCUUUCAAUUUCCUGUAUCAUCUUCGGUAUCGUCAUUGUGGGCAUGCUCUGUGCUGCUUUCUACUUCAAAAGCAAGAAACAAACUAAACAAAUCCAGGGCCAGCUGAAAGAAAUGCAGAGUGUUAAAAAGUACAGCCUCAAUGCCUCCAGCAUGAUGGUCAAGUCAGAAAACAUGGCACAGAGCAGAAGCCAGCAGCAAAAUUAUUCAAAGACAGAAAGGCACCCGGGGCGCACCUUGGAGAAAAUGAUGGAAUCCAGUUUUACUGGCAGCCAACCUUUUCCAGAAGCCCAUUCUCCUGACAGAGGAAGCCAGUCCUUCAAACACCACAGGAGUCUUUCCUCAUGCUGUAGCCCAGGGCAACGGACUGGGAUGCUCCAUCGAAAUGCUUUCCGAAGGACACCACCUUCUCCACGGAGUCGACUUAAUGGAAUUGCAGGACCAGCAUAUCAACAACUGGAAGAGGCAAGGAUUGCAGAUCAAGACACAAUUCCUUGCCAAGUGUAUCCAUCCAAUGGAUUAAAAACCCAACAAAAUACAACAAUAAAUAUGCAACUGCCUUCAAGAGAGACAAAACCCUAUUUUAAUAGUUUGGAUCAAAAGGACCUAGUGGGAUACUCAUCCACAAGGGCCAGUUCUGUUCCCAUCAUCCCUUCAGUGGGCUUAGAAGAAGCCUGCAUGCAAAUGCCAGGUAUUUCUGACAUCACAAGCCUCAAAUGGUGCAAAAACUCCUGUUCUGCUGAACUUGUUAAUGUGAGCGGUCCAGUCAGCAAUUGUCUUAUAGUAGAACAACAAGAAGUAAAAAUAUUGCUGGAAACUGUCCAGGAGCAGAUCCGGAUUCUGACUGAUGCAAGAAGGUCAGAGGACUAUGAGCUGGCCAGUGUUGAAACUGAGGACAGUGCAAGUGAAAACACAGCCUUUCUACCCAUGAGUCCUGUGGCCAAAUCAGAAAGAGAGGCACAAUUUGUCUUAAGAAAUGAAACACAAAGAGACUCAGCAUUGACCAAGUGACUUGGGAAAUAAGGAUCUGUGCAUUCAAUGCUUUGCUAAACAGGAAAGAGAGGAAAUUAAAUACAAAUUAUUUAUAUGCAUUAAUUUAAAAGCAUCUACUUAGAAGAAACCAAAUAGUCUAUCGCCCUCAUAUCAUAUAG